ACGUGGAGCAUUUUGUCUAACGCCUCGCAGAUUUACCGUAUUAGUUGUUUGUGCAACUUGUACGCCUUCUUCCAAUUGUUAAUGAACCUACCAUACAGUUCAAAAUUUCCGCUUUUUAUGUCAUAUAACUAUUUCUAAAUAAGUCAUACAACUUUUCAUUGUUAUGCAGAGGGCGUACAAAUCCCGGUGACUGGUUCCGGUUUUGCUCAAGUUUCCCCAUUUGAAAUGCCGACUGUAAGUAUGGCCAAUUUCGAUGGUGAGGACCUCCUGAGUGCUAGGUUAUUGUCAUUUAUGGCUAAUGGUGAACAAUCAAAUUCAGAUGGACAGUUUCAUAUAAGUGGAAAUAACAAUGAAUAUAACCCAGUUAAUACGUGUUCACUCCUACCAGAAUCUGGAAAUGCAGGCUUUAAUAUUGGGUCUCCAGGUCAUCGAAAUGUUCCAACUCCACACAUGUACGACAGAACUUCCAGUGGGAUAUCUUUAAGUCCCUCUUCAAAUGAGAAUGGCAUGUAUGGCGGUGUCCCCAUAAGCCCUAUUUCGGGUUCAUGUACCCCUCCUCCAACUGUUAUAUCUGCAGCUGAUUUACCAGAUAGUUUCCUCAAUAUGCGCCACACGCAGAUUGGAGCACCUCCUUACUCAGCUCUUACAUCCCCAUGUCUUAGCAACAAGUUAACCUCCAUUCCGCAGCAUUCAUUACUGAAUCUGAAUGGUGGAACUGGAACUGGCGAUCGACACAGUUUGCAGAACUCUCCAUUUUAUAAUCAGUAUCCUGCAAAUUUACAGACACAACUACAGCGACAAUUUCCUGGGUUGUCACCAGGACCAGCCGGUACGUUAUUUUCAAGUGGAGUAAGCGGUUUCGGCACUGCAUCACAAAACCUUAUCUCCAGAAAUGGAUUAUAUCAGGACGCUGCAUUUUCGCUCCCCGGUUUUCGUCCUACGAACUCCAACUCCGCUUACUGCCCACAGAGAGAACUUUUCCCUUCAAUCCAUUCUUCUCAUUCAAGUAACAGCUGUCAUAACUUCAUGGGACCUGGUCUGCUGAUGCAAGAUCGUUUGCAUUACUAUGCUAUAGCACAGAAACAUGGCUUCAUUGUUGGUGCUGAACUGGAAAGGAUUAAAGAAAAUUCACGUCGUUCUACUAGCCAGUCCUAUGGCAGGAUUUCAGCCUAUUUCCGUAAUCGUUAUGGGGAAACUGAAGCAAAAACUAAGGCAGCUUAUCUUCAGUUAGGAGUACGCGUUCCAAGCAAAGAUCAUGUUUCUGAAAUUGUUGGGAAAGGUGGUCAAAAAAUCAAACUGAUUCGCGAAGAAACUGGUGCUUUAAUUACAACUCCUGGUGAACAAGAAGAACAUGUUUUUAUUAUUGAAGCACCUCCAGAAAUUGCAAUGCGUGUCGCUCAUCAUUUAGCCACAAGAGCUCAAGAAAUAACUCAAAGCAAAAUUGUUGCUGGAGAAAGAAGACGUGGGUCCACAAGUUCUCAACCAUGCGGUAAUGAAAAUGGUGUGAAUAUUACAAACGGAUCUAGUGGGAACUUGGGACCGAGUCUAACUCCUGGUGGUUCAAAUAACUUUGUUCCUAAUUCUUGCUCUUCUAUCUCUGGGCUUUUAUCACUAGGUAAUAGUGUAAAUAAUUCUCCACUUCAUCCAUCUACGACCGUGAAUGCAUCACUCAACGGAGGGACGCUUUCUUCGAACAAUGGUUCGCUUCGUAGCCCAAAUGCAUCCAUUUUCACCCCUACAUUCUCUAGUUUGCCAGCUAGUCCUGGAAACUCAAACACAUUGGGCAGCCAAAUGCAAACGAAUACAAUCACCAGCGCUGGUUUAUUUUCGGGUACAAAUACCCCUGGUAGUCGGGUACUUUUGGCACGCGGUCGAAUAUCCGUUCCUCAGGAAAUGGUGGGCAAAAUAAUCGGGACCCAAGGCUCAAUUAUUACUACUAUACAAAAAGAUACUGGUACUGAGAUCAAAAGUCCCCCUAAGGAGGCGGCACGUGGUCCAAACGCAACUUCUGAGUUUGAGAUAUCCGCAUACCAGGGGUUAGGUUUGAGUUCGAAUCAAGCUGCCGAAUGUCGAGUCCAACAAGCCAAGCAAUUGAUUGGUCACUUGGUUAUGAGGCAGCUAGAGAGACGUGCUAGCGAAGAAGUUGAAGAAGCUUCUGGAUCAUCUAAUAUGAGUUCCGAAGAACAAAGAGUUAACGGUUCCAGUGCUUCCACUAUGCAAAAUGUUUGUAAUAGUACUUCGAAAACAAAUGGGAGUGGUUGUGGGGGCUGGAUGUGGCCUGAUGUUGCUCAGAUGGAUUCACAAGAAGCGCGUGAAGUACUAGAUCGAAUUUUGGCUGAAUCAAAGAACAAAACUCGCCGUGCAAAAGAACUUGCUGUAGUAUCCAGUGGGCCAUCAUCCACCUCCAGUUGUUCAGUAUCUGCACUAAAUGCAACAGGUUCUUUACUAAAUCCUAAUAGCUGUACUGGUUCACAGAGUCUAACUGGAGACAACCAACAUUCUAAUCAUUUCCAGUCUCACAUGUUGAAUGGUACAUAUUUUGAUGGUGUUCAGACAAAUGGUUGUGACGAUGUAAAUUCUGGUGAAGCCUCAAUUUCCAAAGUCAAUUCUAACAACCACUGUUCACUGAAUGAGUCAAGACUGUUGUCAGCUACAUUUAGUCCAAAUAAUGGUCAUUUUAGUCAUCGCGCUUCAACUACUUCAAGUGAUGGCGUAUCUAAUGGAUUUCAGGCAUGUGUUCCACGUACUCUUCAAAAUUUUGACCUGUCUGCACCAAAUGAUUUUCUCACCCAUCUUAACCGAGCUCCUGGUUCUAAUUUAGUUUCUGACAUAUGGAAUUCAGCAGUUCCAUCAUUCACUUCGGUCCAAACGGAAUCCAGUACCAGACUUCAUGGUUAUGUUGGCUCUAAUUCAGCACUUAAUAAUCUAAUGACUCCAUCAUCUAAUCACAACAGUAAUGUACUUGCUUCCAAUCCCAAUCGUAUCCUAAACAAUAGAGCAUUAGAUAGUGCUUUUGAUACUUCUAUGUUCAAUUUCAAUGAGUCCAGACAGGAAGCCGAUGGAAAUGUUAGCCCAACUAUCUUACUGCAUAAUCGUCUACAACAACAGCAAAAUGAACAAGAUUUGCAUCAACCUCUGACACGCAGACACAGUGAUUGGUUGGUGCCUUCAUCUCAUCUGCUUACUGAAAUAACAGCUGAUUCAGGAGAUAGUGCUUCUUCACCUCGUAAUCAUCUUGUGGCUAAUGACAGUGAGUCAGGUACACAAUCAUACUCUGUUAACAAUUUUAAUUUUAUUCAUGCUUUGGACCAGUUGUGUUUGAAUUCAUCCUGUGAUAAAGAUCCAGUCGUUAGCUCUACUAAUUCACUUUGUACUACAAUCAAUAACAAUAUGACUGCUUGCCCACCUGGCUUUGAAUCGCAUGAUCCCAAUGAUAGCGAAUCGGUUUUCACUCUCAAGUCCAAGGAAUCACUUGUGAGUUCAAACAAACUUUGGUCAUCUUCAAAUCCAAAUAACACACAUGGUAGUACCAAUGGCAACCAUUCAAAUGGCGAUAAAAAUGUUCAUCUUGUUCCUACACUUCCAUCAUCUUGCUCAGAAUCAUUGAUGGGGUCAAGGCUAUUUUCGAAUACUUCUGUACUACAACGUUUGUUUAGUAAUCCUGGUAGUCAGGCGUCCAAUGUAGUUUCUACUGAUAAUGAUAAUAUUACUAUAUCUAGUCGAAUUAAUAGUUCAAUUUGGUCUCAGGCUAACAAUGAUCACAUUCCGAAUGGCUGUUCAUCAAACAGUAUUGAUGAUUCUUUCGGAUUUUCUUACUUUGAAAGUGGACUUGGUGAAAAUCACCAUCAAUGUAACCAAAAUGAUGUCUCUCAGAGUAUGGCGUAUUUUUCAGAAAAUCUAAGUGAAUAUACUACUUCCAGUUCAAAUAAUAACAAUAAUGGAACAGAAAAUGGCACUACAAAUGGUAAUAAUCAGUCUGCACGUUGUGGAGCUAUCGGAGAAGGCCGUCGACGUAGACGUCCCAGUCCAAAUCUUUUGUCAGCUGAUAGUGACACAAUGGCUUUGUCUGUUUCCUCAGCACUGUCAUCGAUUACAGAAGUGGCCUAGAUACAAUCUUGCUUUGUUCAGUCUUUAUGUUAUGUGUUGUUUUUAACCUCUUAAUUGUUUGAAUGUUUUUUUAGUUUACCUGUCAAUAUAUAUAUAUAUAUAUAUAUAU